GUAUUCCAAAUGAAGAAUCCCAAAAGGAUAUGAUGAAUGCUCAAAAUCAUACAUGUACAUACCUGCACUCCAAUGCCUUGUUAAGAAGUAGGAAAGGAGUGGAAGUGUGCAAGAAAAGAUGUUCAAAUCCUUCUGAUUUCGAAGAAAGUGUUGGUUGGAGGGGUUGAAAAGAGUGCUGAAAGGGUGAUAGUGAUAGAGAUCAGGAGGAGGCAAGGCAACAAUGGUGGAAUCAGAAUGAUCGGUAGAUAAAAUAUGAGGAGCCCAAAAUGGUGGAAUCAGCUUUAUAAGCUUAAAUGAGAUUUAUUAGGAGGUUUGCUUGUCGAAAAUAAGGGGAGUUUCAAACUGAUUCUUUUAUUGUUAUUAUUAUUAUUAUAUAUAACGACUUUGAGAACCUUUAAGAAAAGGCCACGUUUGAUUGACCCAUUCUAAAUUCUAAUCCGCCAUUGAAAUCUGAAUUUCAAGCUUUUUUUUUUUGUUUCCCUUUCCCUCCCUCCCUCUCUCUCUUCUUCAGACAUAUUCAACAAUUUUCCAAUCAAUCUCCCCUUUCAAUCCUUCCUCUCACUCCCAACAAUUUCUCUGAAGAAGAAGAACCAAAAGGUUUUUGUUGUGUUUCCCUUGCCUUCACCAAAAUGGACGCGGAAUCUCCCAAUGUGGAUCUUCCCACCACGGAUAAAGAAAUCAUACCGGAGAAGAUUGAGGAUGAAGAGAUCAAAGAGCCUUUCAUUCAUUGCGAGCUUUGCGAUGCCGAAAUUGUUCAUAAACUUGCUCAGGUUCUUCUUCCUGGAUUGUCCACCGCUUGUGUCGAUAAUACCAGUGGCGACAUCUUUCGAACCCCUGGCUCAGUGGCUGCCGAUAUCAGGAAAGAAAUGGUGGAUUAUCUUACAAUGAGGAGCGAAACUUGUGUUGCCGAAUCUGUAAUUUUAGAUAAUCCCUCAGAAGCUGAGGUAUCUGAUCACCCUUACGACAUUAUCUCUGAUUUUGUUGAUGAUUUUUCUGCUACCAAGAGAAAUUUGUUUAGUAGAGUUUCAGGAUGGAUUCUAAGUGAAAAAAGAGAGGAUAAGAUAGAUGAUUUCGUUCAAGAAAUGGAUGUUAAUGGCUUUUGGCCACUUGAUAGGAGAGAAGCAAUUGCUCAAACUUUGCUUAAGAAUGUAGAUUUUAAAAGUGAGUUUCAUUGUGAUAAGAAAUUUCACUCUGUAGAAGAACUAGCUGGGCAUGUUGAAAACUGUGGCUUUAGGUCUUUAACUUGCACAAAUGAAGGCUGCACUGCAAGAUUUUGUGCAAGCCACGCAGAACAGCAUGAUUCCAUUUGCCCCUUCAAGAUAAUUUUAUGUGAACAGAAGUGUUCUGCCUUUAUUAUGAGACGUGAAAUGGAUCGCCAUUGUAUAACUGUUUGUCCAAUGAAGCUUGUGAAUUGCCCCUUCCAUAAUUUGGGUUGUCAAUCCCCUGUUCCUUAUUGUUUGAUAGCGCAACAUUGUUCAGAGAGUUUUGAUUCUCAUUUGCUCCACAUUCUUCACUCUGUACACAAGGAAGCCAAUGAAGAGACUCUUAUACAUAGACAGCAACAGCUUGAAGAGGCAUCAUCACUUGACCACCUUAGAGGUCUUCAAAACUUGAGAUUGUUAACCUCGAAAAUCAAAGAAAUGGAUUCUCAGCUAGGACCGUUAGUAGUCAUCUGCAGGGUCGAGGACACGGAAGAAGCAAAGGAUGACUCUGACAAAAGUGACGAAGAGAAGGAGGCUUCUAAAGUAACUGAAAACACCAAGGACGCUGCCUCUAAUGUAACCCAAGAAACGAAGGAGGAAAUGCCUAAUGGAAGUGAAGAAACAAAAGAUGGCUCAAUUGCAAAUGAAGAAGAAAGGAAAGAUGCAUCUCCUACUGUAAUUGAAGAAAGGGAAGCCAUCAUGUCUAGUGUAAUUGAAGAAACGAAAGACGCUUUUAAGACAACUGAAGAAACGAAAGACGCUUCUGGCAAAAAAGAAGCCAGUGAUGCUUCUUCUAGUGAAAGUGAAAACGAAGAGACGAAGGAAGCUUCUGACAAAAAAGAAGCCAGCAAUGCUUCUAGUGAAAAAGAAGAAACGAAGGACGCUUCUGACGAAAAGGAAGCCAGUGAUGCUUCUAGUGAAAAAGAAGAAACGAAGGAUGCUUCUGACAAAAAAGAAGAAGCCCAUGAUGCUUCUAGUGAAAAAGAAGAAACAAAUGAUGCUUCAAAUGAAAAAGAAACAAAAGAUUUGUCAAAUUCAACUGAAGAAACAAAUGAUGGUUCUAAUGCAAAGGGAAAGAUGAAGGAUGAUUCGGAUUCAGAGGAAGAAAUGAAGAAUGCUUCUGAUGUAAAGGAGGAAGAAGUGAAGAACGAUUCUGAUUCAGAGGAAGAAAUGAAGAACGAUUCUGAUGUAAAGGAGGAAGAAAUGAAGAACGCUUCUGAUGUAAAGGAGGAAGAAGUGAAGAACGAUUCUGAUUCAGAGGAAGAAAAUAACUAUGAUUUAGCAAAGGUGGAAGAAGUGAAGAAAGAAAGUGAAGAAAGUAAGGAGGAAGAAAAGAAAGAUGCUUCAAAUGUAGUAAAAGAUGAUGAAGAUGAAGCUGAAAGAUAAAAAAGAAAACACCAUUUGGUGAUGAAAGUGCAACUACAAAAUGCUUGCUUCCCAUCAUCACAUGGUCAGUUUCCCUUUCUUCAAACCAAAACAAAAAUUCUUUUCCCUCUUGUUAUUCUUUCUUAUACAAUAUGAUUCAUAUUUUCCCAAAUUAUAUAUAUAUAUAUUGUAAACUACUUAUAUUACUACUACACCCUAUAAAUUCUGUGUUCCUCCCA